ACGAUCGGGCAGUUGAAAGGGAAAGAUCUCGGACAGAUCAGACUAGAAUCUGGUUUUGAAAAUGCGUGCUCCUGCCCUUUUGUGUCUCGUCUGGGCCUCUGUAGCUGUGGCGUUGCCGGUGAGCAGGCAAAGGCAGAAGCUGUUGCUGGUUUCGUUCGAUGGGUUUCGGUGGGAUUACGACCGCGAUGUGGACACUCCAAACCUGGAUCAGAUGGUUAAAGACGGAGUGAAGGCUCAGUACGCGACGCCGCCAUACCUCACCAUCACCAGCCCCACGCACUUCACUCUGCUCACAGGUCUGUAUGUAGAGAACCAUGGAGUGGUUCACAACAUGUGGUUCAACACCACUACCACACAGAAGCUGCCGUACUAUCAGACCCAGUUUAAGAAUGACUGGUGGGACAACGGCUCACUGCCCAUCUGGAUCACUGCACAGAGACAGGGCCUCAAAGCCGGCUCCCUGCACUUCCCUGGCACCGCGUCCACGUACGAUGGAGAGACCGCUUUAGUCCAAGAGGUGGAACCGAUCAUGUACAACUACAAGAACGAGACCGCCUGGCGCGAGAACACAGACAAGGUCAUGAGCUGGUUCAGAGACAAAGAUCUGGAUUUUGUCUCUAUGUAUUUUGGAGAACCGGACGGAACAGGACAUCGCUACGGCCCAAAUUCACCUGAAGUUAAAGAAAUGGUGAAGCAAGUCGAUCGCACAGUUGGAUACAUUCGGCAAACGGCUAAAAAUUACGGUUUAGAAGAUCAGUUAAACAUCAUAAUAACAGCUGAUCAUGGGAUGACCACCGUGUACCGUAAUGGACUUGUUGAAGAAAUCACGCUCUCCAAAAUUCCUGGGUUUUCCUUCAAAGAUUUGUCGUUUCAUUUGGUGGAUUUUGGACCAAGUGGGAUGCUCCUGCCCAAACCCGGGAUGCUGGAUAAGGUUUACAAUGCCUUGAAAGGGGCACAUCCACAUCUGCACGUUUAUAAGAAAGAAGAACUCCCUGAACGAAUGCACUUCAUUAAGAGCGAGCGAAUUUUACCCAUCAUCCUCUGGGCUGACCCUGGAUAUGUCAUCAAUGGGUACUUCCCGGUGCAGUUCAACAUAGGGGAGCACGGCUAUGAUAACGCAGAGAUGGACAUGAAGGUCUUCUUCAGAGCUGUGGGACCAGCCUUCGCCCAGAACCUGCAGGUGGGGCCCUUUGAAACAGUCAACAUCUACCCACUCAUGUGCCACAUCCUGGGGAUACAGCCCGAGAAGAACGAUGGAAAUCUGGAGGUCACCAGACACAUGCUGAGGAGUGAGAGACGAGGGAAAGCGGUAAACAUCUUACCAAAUGUGUUCCUGGGUUUGGCAGCUGUGGCUGGGUUUCUAGUCAUAGUUUUUAUGGUGUUCACAACGAACCUCAUUCUGAAGAGGAAAAAGAAGAGAUCACAAAACAAUGGACAGAGAAAAGAAACAGAGGAAAAAGAGGAUACCAAACAAACUUCAUUUUGAAUCUCUGUGUUCAUCCCUUGCUUACCUGAAACUAUGCCUUCUGUCUAACUGUGGAAUAAUGUAUUUAAAAUAAAAUUUUACUAAACAAAUAA